AUUCGACAUUCGACAUGGUUGUUUUGUGCGCAUCGAAUCAUCUCUAAUUGCGAGUUUCUUGCUUUGGUUCCUGGCUCAAUAUCCCCGGAUCGUACCCAUGAAGCAGUUUCUCGCUCUAUGCAGUCGCCGUUUGGAAUAUCUUCUCCCCGCACUCUUGGCAACAGAUAGCUAGCCAGGUACACCAAGCGAUCACCCGUCAUGCUUGCAACAAGGCCUCUCCGGUUUAUACUGCUAGUUGCAUUCGCUAUCUUCGUUAUAACACUUCUCUCAGGCUAUGGAACUGGCGGAUCCCUAAGCUGGCUUUCAACAUCCUCAGUCCUCAGCCACGAUGUCGCGCGGGUGUCAUUACGGGGUCAUAUGCGCUUGGCGGAGAAGAUCUGGAGCAAGACAGUAGAGCAGAGACAUAAUCUGCUCGCGGAAUGGCAAUACCCGGAGAAUAUGCCAUUAUUCCCCGCCGAUUCCCCAAAGAAAUACCCAGGAUCGCCAUAUUCCAUCUGGGACUUUGCCCCCGCCUCAUGGAGCUGCCCAUACGAGAUGGAGAGAAUAGGACGAAUGGGUGAUGGAGGAAAGUGGGUGUGUGGGAUGUCAAAAUAUGAAGAACUGCCGGCCACUCGUCCUUGUGUCAUCUACUCUUUCGGUGUUCAGACCGAGUCUAGCUAUGAAGACGAGACGAUCGAGCGAACGAAUUGCGAAAUUUGGGCCUAUGACUACUCGGUGACGAAUUUUGGCAAGCAAUUAAGCUAUGAGCACAGGGCGCGUGCACACUUCACCCAGGCUGGCAUUUCAGGUGUCACAAAUGCCACUUCAUUUCCCCCAUUCUAUACUAUCCAAGACCUUAUGAAGACGAAUGGCCACGAUUAUAUUGAUAUCUUAAAAAUGGACAUCGAAUACGCCGAAUUUGCCUCAUUAAGCUCGCUUGACCGGGCAUUCCCCGAGGGCGAAGGCUUUGAGCUCCCAAUAGGUCAACUAAUGGUGGAAUUACAUCUUUUCGGGCACGAAGAAAUGACCGCCUACAACUUUUUGCAGUGGUGGGAAACCCUCGAAGCCCGCGGGUUACGCCCUGUUUGGACAGAGCCGAACCUGCUAUAUACCACUAUGAGAAUCGAAAGGGGCGACCCACGCUUGGCUGAAUAUACGCUCGUUAAUAUCAAAGACCGACGAAGUGUUUUGUUUAAAGGAUUAAACUGAGUGGUGCCAAAGCCGCCUCCCAGCACUCGUAUAUUUUGGGCUAUAGUAUUCAGGAUAGUACGUCUGGUAUGGGUAGGGGGCGCCCCUUAUGACAGCAGGUUUUCCCUCAGACACCACUAUAUGAACGGAAUAAAUAGAUUGUAUAUUAGAUAAUAUGUACCAUAGUAUUAUUAAUAUUGGAUUGAAAACCAGGCUCCACUUGUUCGGAACAAUCGUA